AUGUGGGUAUAUGAAGAGCAAAUCGACGGCAAGAACCUGACUGAGAUCAUCAAUACUGAACAUGAAAACGUCAAGUACUUGCCUAAUAUCAAGCUUCCUCAUAACUUAGUGGCAGUGCCCAAUCUUCGCGAGGUUGUCGAGGGUGCUGAUAUUGUCAUUUUCAACAUUCCCCAUCAAUUCUUAAAGAACAUUUUCAAGCAACUCGACGGCAUUGAUUUCUCCAAGGCUAGAGCCAUUUCAUGUCUCAAGGGUCUUAAUGUCAACAAGGACGGUGUCACUCUGUUAUCAGACUACAUUGAGCAAGAAUUAGGUCUCCACUGUGGUGUUUUAUCCGGUGCUAACUUGGCUCCUGAAGUUGCCCUUGAAAAAUUCUCUGAGACAACCGUUGCAUAUCCAUUGCCAAAGAACUAUUAUCCUGGUGAUGUUGACGAGGACUUGUUACAAAUUCUUUUCCAAAGAACUUACUUCCACGUUCGUACCUCUCCUGAUACUGCCGGUGUCAGUAUUGGUGGUGCUCUUAAGAACGUUGUUGCUAUUGGUGCUGGUCUUGUUGAGGGUUACGGAUGGGGAGACAAUGCCAAGGCCGCUAUUAUGAGACGUGGUCUUAUGGAGAUGGUCCGUUUUGGUAUCACCUUUUUCCCAGACUGCAGACCCGAGACUUUCACUGUCGAGUCUUCUGGUGUUGCUGACUUGAUCACUUCUUGUGCAUCUGGUAGAAACGUCCGUGUUGGUCGUGAAGCUGCUCGUACUGGUAAGCACGUUGAUGUUGUUGAGAAGGAGCUUCUUAACGGCCAAUCUGCUCAAGGUAUUGCUACCAUGAAGGAGGUUCACGAACUUCUUACUCAUAGAGGCAUGACUGAAGAUUUCCCUCUGUUGAUUGCCAUCUACGACAUCUGUUACGGUGAUCUCAGAAUCGACGAUCUGCCCAAGGUCCUUGCUGACGGCCCUGCUACUCAGGCUGGCUCGAGACGUAAUAGCGUGGGUGAACCUGCUCACCAAUGCAAUGCUGGCGAAGAUGCUGCUAAGCUAUAA